AAAUAAUAAAAAAAAAAAAUAAUAUUAAUUGACACACAAUGACACAUUUUAAGCAUAACAAAAUAAGAUUUGCAGUGUUACCAGAUAAAAAUGAAAUUAGGAAUGAUGAAAAUCCCUCCAGUUCGUGCGAAUCGUUUCACCAAAAGUAUUCGCGUACCUCGCUGCUGAUCAUGGAUUAUAAACAGUUCGUGGCCGCACGCGCCGUUCAGGCGGCUUGGCGAGGCCAUCAACAGCAGGAAGCAUUCCUGUAUGCCACCAAGGCAGCCAUCACCAUACAAAGAUGGUGGCGAGGCUUUCACGCCCGCAAUCGCUUCUUCUCCAUCGUCGAGCAGAUGGUGCAGGAUGCAGCGAUCGCCUUUUACAACAGGGCUGCGACCAAGAUACAGGCGUUCUUUCGGGGCUGGUACGUCCGGAAGACGGUCCACGAUGUGCACACUCUGCGACGCAUGCAAGUCCGUGCAGCCGAGGAUCUGCUCAAUGAUGUGGCCUGCAAGCUGCAUCAUCUGCUGCGCACAUACUCCAUACCGGGCAUCUACUCGCUACGCAACUCCCACUGCCUAUCGAAGGUGGAGCAACUGAUGACCAGCAUGACGUAUCGAUUUCUCAAUGAUCGUGCGAGCUAUCAGCGCUUACGUCGCGAAAAUCAGGCAAGGACUCAAGCCGCUCAGUUUGAGCGAAGCGCCCACUAUUCGAAUGUGCCCUAUGCGGGCCCAAAUUUCAAUAGUGCGUGCGAGCCCUGUCGCGAGGACAUAACCAUCAACAGGCCCAUAGAGCUGUGUAUGUACAAGAUUAUUACGGCAUACGACAGAGCUACGGUCAACCCGACUAUAGCCAAGACACGCAACACCCAAAUUGCUCGGAAAUUCCGCGCGCAAUCGCAAAAAAUGUGGGAGCAUUUGGGCAAGGUGCAAGGCGAUUUUUGCAGCGAUGUCAUCAACAGCAUGCGUAAGUGGCAUAUUUGGAAUGCUAAGAAGCUGAUAGUGACCCGUGACGUCUAUCGCGAUCCCGACAAGCUGGCAUACUUCCUAGACGAUGUCUCCAAAUUGCUUAGACAUUAUACACAGUCCUGUUAUUGCCAUGAAAGUACACUUCCACAAAUUUAAGUACAGAUUCGAUUGCGAAUCAGCGCUCGUCCAUAUGUGUGGCAUCACGAGCACGCACGACUCGACACGACUUGUUUCACGUGAGAACAGUGCAGUUGUUUCGUGCGUGCUCGCAGAUGCAACUCAGAGGAACUGUCACGAUGACCAAAUAUAUAAAU